UAUUUUACUAUGUUCUUUUAGGAAUCUGAAGGACAGGGUACAUGUGAUGGUACAUUUAGAAAUAAAAAAUACUUUGAUUGUCCACAAGAUCAGGGUGUCUUUGUUGCAUUGGAUAAACUGCGUCCUCGGCAAGAACAGAAAAAGUCUCGGUUCAAGAAUACUUCUAUAGUUAGAAACAUGGAAAAAGAGCUUAAUUUAAAAAUUGACCAGAGAGUCGUUGUAUUUCCAGAGGAUAAUGGUGAUAAAAUCAAGGUGCCACUGAGAGGGACAGUGCGAUACAUAUCUAAACGAGUAGAUAGUCAUGGUGAUUGUCCUGUUGGAAUAGAACUGGAUAAAAGAAAAGGAAGUGGUACUGGAGUUUUCAAUAGAAAACAACGAUUUGUCUGUAAAGAGGGUCAUGCAUUGUUUGUGCCAGUAACCUCUGUCUUACCCGAGGAAGAAUAUGAUAGCUCUGAACAAGCCAGCAUUUACCCAGUUGCUAAAAAAUUAGCCAACCCUGGAUCCAGAAAAUUUGAUGAUACGAUACCUAGUGAAAUUCUCGCCCGCGGUCCAGAAGCACUGAAAGCGUAUGAAAAAGCUCUUGAAAGUGGAAAAACAAAAAAUCGGCGUUUACCUGUUAUGGUAGUGGGACCGGCACGUGCAGGAAAGACGAGCUUACUGAAAUCUUUAAACGGAGAAAAGUUUGACCCAAAAGAAGACAGCACUGAGGGGAUUCAUCUGCAGCACACAUUUUGCAAGUCACAAGAAAAUUGUUGGAGUAAAGAAAGUGACGAAGGUAUCUCAUUCACGGACUGCAUGGCCGAUAUUAUUCAUAAGAAUCUUCGAGGCGAAAAUGACAGCAAAGAAAUACAUGAUGAAAACACGAAAAAUGAUGAAGAUGAUCGCGACGAGGAUAACGAUGCUGAUGAUGAUGACGCGGAUGAUGAGGAUGAUGGCAAAAUUAAAGCAAGAAAAGUUGAUUCUGAAGAAAUAAAUGAAGAAGCUAAAAAGCUGGAAAACCGAGAAUAUAUUAGCGAGAAAAGUACUGCAAAUCUCCCAAAAUCUAUUGAAGAAAAAUUAGUGAAGUUAAUGGAUUCCGAACUGAGUUUGCUAGACUUUGCUGGUCAGGCUGUCCACAAGGUCAUCCAUCCAAUGAAUACCAAACUGAGUGAUAAGACGAAAGAGAAUGAAGUGUAUAUUAAAUCGCUAGACUUUGGUGGUCAGGCUGUGUACAAUGUCAUCCAUCCCAUAUUUCUAACUUCGAAAGCAGUUUUCAUUCUAGUUUAUAAUUUAAAAAACAUUCCACAUGACCCCAUGAAAUCCAUAGUCCAGGAAGAUGGUGCAGAAAGAGAACUCGUAGAUCCCUUUGAGAUGACAAACUUGGAAAAUCUGGAGUUAUGGCUGUCCGGCAUUUCUUCCUAUACAGAUGCACAGAGAAUGGCAAAAAUAGGCGGGUUUUCAUUACCUCCUGUUUUCAUAGUCGGGACUCAUGCAGACAAGUUUGAUGGUAAUCUUGAAGCUGCAAGACAGAUCAUCCGCGAAAUAUACAAAUAUUUAAGUCCAAGCAAAAACCCAUCUGGCUGUCAUGUCAUAAGCAACCAAAUCUACACCGUGAAUAACAGUGUAUCUGGUAAUGGAGAAAUAAGAGAUGAGUCCGUCAUGAAACUCAAGGCAGAUAUUGAAGAAUUGUCAAAAUCUCUUCCCCAUAUGAAUGAAGAUAUUCCUAUCAACUGGCUGUGGUUUGAGGAGGAGCUGUCAAACCUUGUAGAGAAGGAAAACAAAAAAUACAUCACGCUCGAUGAAGCUUUGAAGAUAGCCAAUGAGUGUAAGGUGAACACCAGUGUCGAAUCCAAAGAGUUCCCCACCUUGUUAAACUAUUUGCACGAUUUGAAGACUAUUAUUUACUUUGAGGAGACUAAGAAAGUAUUCAUUGAUACGGAAUGGCUGGUCAAAGUGUUUACAAAGGUCAUCGAGGUCAGGCCAGUUGAGAAGCGAGAUGGCUUUCACAAGUCCUGGGAUAAACUGGAGGAAGAAGGUGUCAUGGAAAGAGCCUUGGUGGAGCACGUAUGGAAAGGUUUAGUAGAUGAACAAAACACAAUUGAUUCUCUUGUUUUAAUUAUGGAGAAGUUCUCACUUAUUUGCCGUUGGAAUACUAGCGAAGGAGAAGAAGUGUACCUUGUUCCCUGUAUGUUGUGUAACAGUGAGAAGCGGGAGGACAUCGCGAUGUGUCUAAGACAUCAGAAGUCGUCAACAAUGGUCAUUCGUUUCAACACUUCCCAUGUAUCACUAGGUAUCUUUCCUAGGCUUUUUGUAGCUAUUGCUGCGGAAGCAAAGAAAAGAUGGCCAAAGCUACGACAACCAAAACUUUACAAGAACUUCUACAGGAUUUUCGAUAUUGGUAAAGAAAGAAAGCUUGAUAUCUUUGUCAUUCAGUCCAGCAUUCGAACAAUCAGUGUAACAGUCAGCAACCAGCAGAACAUCGAUGGGCAACACGUCACUGAGUUCUGCCAGCACUUUCGUAAAUUGCUUGAUCAAAUCUUUGUUGACAUGCGGCGAAACUUUCCUUGGAUGCAAAACAUGCCAUUCGAGUAUGGAAUACUCUGUCCUGUUUGUGCAAGCUCACCAAACAAAUGCAAGUUUCACGGUAUGGAGGGAUGCAACCGGGAUUCAUGCCUUCACUUCGUGAACGAGGAAGAGUUGAUCGUUGAUCGACCAAGGUGUGACAAGAACGUUGCAAUUCUAGAUAACGUGAUUAAGGAGGAGGCAUAUAUAUUCUGGUUCCCAAGACAAGCUGUAGGUUCAACGUUUAACUUGACUGAAAACCAAAAGCGAUGGUUGGUGAUUGGCAUCUGCUUGAACAUUGUUCUUCUUCCGCCUUUGCGAAAGUUCUUAGAACCGAAUAUACUGGACCACUACACUAACCUGAAGGCCAGCAACCACAUCGACAACCAAGUCCACGGAGGGCAGCUUGUUUAUGACGGAUACAAAGCAUUGAAUUAUCGUAGCAUAAACAACAAUAACACAAUAAAGAAAGAAAAAAACCACAACUACAAUGUUACGUCUGCUGUUGACUUGGCCAAGCUGUACUUGCAACCUCACAUGGCUAAUUUCACAGGAUUCAAUGAUACCUGUGAUCUAUCUGCUGUCCUUGGUGUUCUUUCCUCUGCUAGUGUCUUUUCUUCUGAUGUUCAAGACUUCUCAAGUAAAGUACGAAAAGAAGUAAGAAAUGAAUGGGGCCACUGUAACUUCCAAAGCUGGGAUGAAACAAAGUUGAAAGGUUCCUUCAAGCUUAUGCGUUCUCUCUUAAAAGCUCUAAAGCUAUCAUCUGACAGUGAAAACACAAUAGCUGAUCAACUGAAAGAUUGGGAACAGAAUUGUGUAGGAAUCUGUAUGGCCGACACAGUUCCACCAGAGUUGGCAAAGGAUAUCAAAGAUAAAGUGUCCCAGUUAUUUGGAGAAUUCCAACUGGCUCUUUGUCGAAACGAAGAAAACGUUGCACAGUUAUCCAAAGAUGUUGAACAGCUGGCUAUCAGUCAAGAAGAAGAAGUCUGCAGAGUUCUCGAGACCUUGAAGACUUGUCAGGAUGCUAUCCAAUCUCUAAAGCAAGAGUUGGGCUUUGUUAAGCAAAGAGUGAGGAAUGUUCAGGAGGAAGUGGGGAAGGUUAAGGAGGAAGUUCACGAAAGAUUUUAUUGUCUAGAUUAUCGAGUUAAAGUCUUGGAAGCACGAGAACAGAAAUAGGGCUUCUUUUUCUAAAUUGUAAACAUGCCGCUAUUUCACCUCUGAUUGUCUAACAACAUUCAGCCAAUCCUCGAAAGGGAUCGACUUCAUUGACAUAAUCUUCUCAACAACAUGCGCGACAAAAUUGUGAUGGACGUCAAUCGAAGUGUUUCCUUUGUAUUUUCUACGUAUAACAAAGUAUUCAAGUGCACGUGCCUAUAGAAUAUCAUGACAAACGCCUUGAUCAACCCACCAAAACCUACUUCGUCGCGACGACCAUUUCGCGACAAUGACUGUGGCAUUCAUAGUUAGAAAGGUGUUCUUUUUGGACAUUUCUAACCUAUAUUCAUUGCGAAUCGUUACACUAAGUCGGAUAACCACGCAAAAAUCAAAGCAAGCUCUUUGAAUAACGUUAAGCGUGAAAGAGGGUCAUUCGAGAGUUUUUCUCAUCCUCUCUAAAGAAAUUUGUAAUAUUUUAAUUUUUACUAUAGUUUUAUGUUACACUGUGUCAACUUCGUUUUUAAGGUUGUACCGGACGGAAAGAAUUAUUUUUUUAAAUCUAGUCUUUUAAAGAUUUUCAAUUGCUUAUUCAAAAAUGCGAAAAAAAGUGGAGGUCACGGACUUGCUUCUCGAGUUAUUAGAGAUCGUAAUCAACAGUAAUAGAAUUAAUUAUUUUUUUACAUUGAAAGAUUAAUAUUCAAAGCCUUGAAUGCAAAGAAAAAAUAGGGGGUCAUCGUACUAAUAGACGAAGUAUAAGCGAAAAAAUCCACAGAUGGACCAAGCUGUUUAUUAGUGUCGAUUUAUCGUCAAAAUACAGUAAACUAGCUGUUGCAUAUUUUGAGUAAAGUGCUGCGAGUAGGUGUUAUGAGAGAGAAAAUUAAUGUUUUUACAGACUAAGCUAGACAUCAGUUUUCUAAUUACUAUUUCUUAUCGUAUGAAAACAAGGUAAAGAACGAUAAAACUAGCUAAAAACUAGUGUGAGCUGCGUCGGUGUUUCUAAUGAAACAGUAAUGAUAAAAAGGUAAAUUAUACACCGUCAAGAUAAAGAGCGAUCAAUUAGCUAUUAAAAACAUCGAUAUAAGAUUUCAGUAAGGCUACCAUCACGCACAAGUUUAGACGAUGGUAUGCUUUGAAUUUACAAGUAAACCUCUUAGCUCCAAGAAACAAAGAAAAGCAAGCAACCAAAUCAAAAACACAAAAAUCCAGAACUUUUCUAAUAUAGUUUUUAUUUCGUAUUCAAGACAUAUUGCAUUCAACUUCUCUAAUAUAGUUUUUAUUUCGUAUUCAAGACAUAUUGCAUUCAACUUUUCUAAUAUAGUUUUUAUUUUGUAUUCAAGACAUAUUGUAUUCAACUUUUCUAUUAUAGUUUUUAUUUCGUAUUCAAGACAUAUUGCAUUUCCAUCCAUAUUCAUCCUUUUUUUCUUUCUUUCUUUUUUCGUUUAUUUUCCUUCGAUUAUUUUUAUAAAUGUAUUCCAAGGUACAUUUUAUGUGCUUUAACACGAA